ACCAGCUAGACAGACAAUAUAACGGGACCCACAAUCAUAAACGCUGAACCCUCACGGGGGAUAGGGACUGAGCCGGGAAGCGAAUAACGAAAAUCUGCCUAAAAUUGGUGCCCAGUAGAAUUGCAAUGUGAGGAAAAAAAGUUGAAGAAACUGCCAGUAAGCAUUGUUGAGAAGCCUCUUAAGAAGAUGAAGGAAAUUAACAAAAAUCUACAAAUAGGGUGCUGGGUUGCAAGUAUGCGUGCAUCCGCUGUAUUCUUUAUCCUCUGCAUAGAACGACUAACAGUGCCAUACUUAGGAGCUCCGAGUUGCGGCUGGGACGCGCCAUGCUGCAGUAUGAUUGCCCGCCACAAAGCCUCAACGACAGCUUUGAACUGAAGUGGGAUUCGUAACAAUGCUUCAAUGGUCAGUCUAUCCAUCUGUCUGUCUUUGAUGGCACAGCGCAAGGAGCAAUAUUUAUUUCAAGCAGUAUGACAAAAACGAAAUGUAAUUUUUAAUUCUAUUCAAUUGUCAUUGCCAGGUGUGAUGGUCUGAGCUGGUAAAAAGUUGGCCUUACAGUUCUGAGGUCCCGGGUUCAAUCCCAGACCUGCGUGUGUGUGUGGAGUUUGCAUGUUCUCCCCAUGCCUGCGUGGGUUUUCUCCGGGCUCUCAGGUUUCCUUCCACAUCCCAAAAACAUGCAACAUUAAUUGGACACUCUAAAUUGCCCCGAGGUGUGAUUGUGAGUCUGACCGUUUGUCUCGAUGUGCCCCGCGACUGGCUGGCAACCAGUUCAGGGCGUACCCCGCCUCCUACCCGUUGACAGCUGGGAUAGGCUCCAGCACUCCCCGCAACCCUCGUGCGGAUAAGUGGCAAAGGAAAUGGAUGGAUGGAUAGUUGUCAUUCCUGCGCUUUCAUGAAGUACAAUUAUACAUAGUCCUAUUUAUUUAAUCAAAAUGCACAUUAUGACACUUUUUUUUGGGGAAGAUGCAGAAAUAGAGUGGAAUAUUAAACUUUUAUGUCAUGGCACCACUGUAUUUCAACUCUCACAUCUAUACUGUAUUUUCAUGCAUUUUUAUUUUAUUUUUUUUUUUUUGCUUGAAGAGAUUCUGUCUCCCUCCUCACCUGCCUCUCUGUACAUACAACAACUCCUUGUCCAAUGCAUAUUUUUUCACGUCAAACUGCAACUCUCUGUUAUAACUACAUUUAGUAGCUGCAUGGCAUUUCCGGUCUAACUGUACAUCUGUGCCAGUCUACCUGCAAUUAAUUUCUUUUUUGUCUCACCCUAAAACAGCACCUGUUCUCUGUCUGUCCUGUCCAACUUUUACAUCAUCUGAACUUUUAAUAUCCGGCGCAGCCCUGCCCGUCUACCCACCUGCAAUGUCGGUCCCUCCCCGGGCAUACGUCAAUCUGCCAAAGGCGGCAGUGUCGAGCCGUGCUCUCCACGGGGAGCUCCAUUUUUCAAGAUGUCGUCGCUGGAACAGAGGCUGUCCCGAAUCGAGGAGAAACUCAAGCAGGAAAACGAAGAGGCUCGGCGGAGUAUGGACCUCAAGAUCGAUAUGAGUCCACACAGAUCCCACGCGAGACCAAUCAUCGUGAUCCAGCUCAGUCCUGCUCCAGCUCCUUCCCAGCGUGCAGCCCUUCAGCUGCCCCUGGCCAACGACGCAGGAAGCCGCUCAUCGUCUUCAGAGAGCUCGCCUCAGCACCACCCCUGUCGCCCCAGAACCAUGCUCACCCUUCCCACCCCGCAGUAUGGCUUACAGAAGAGUCUAGAAAAUGCAGAGAUUGACCAGAAAUUGCAAGAGAUCAUGAAACAAACGGGCUAUCUUAAAAUCGAUGGACAGAGGUAUCCGGCCGAGGUGACGGAUUUGAUCAAUGAGGGGGAGAUUGGCAGCGGGACCUGUGGGCAGGUCUUCAAAGUGCGAUUCAAGAAGACGGGUCACGUCAUCGCGGUCAAACAAAUGCGGCGAACAGGAAACAAGGACGAGAACAAGAGGAUCCUCAUGGACCUGGACGUGGUGCUGAAAAGUCACGACUGCCCUUAUAUCAUCCAGUGCUACGGUGCCAUAGUUACCAAUACAGAUGUAUUUAUUGCCAUGGAGCUGAUGGGAACGUGUGCCGAGAAGCUGAAAAAGAGAAUCCAAGGCCCCAUCCCAGAACAAAUCUUGGGAAAAAUGACCGUUGCAAUAGUGAAAGCCUUGCUGUAUCUGAAAGAGAAACACGGUGUAAUCCACCGCGACGUUAAACCCUCCAACAUUCUCCUGGACGCGAAAGGUCAGAUCAAACUGUGCGACUUCGGCAUCAGCGGACGCCUCGUUGACUCCAAGGCGAAGACUCGCAGCGCUGGCUGUGCCGCGUACAUGGCGCCCGAGAGAAUAGACCCUCCCGAUCCCACCAAACCCGACUACGACAUCCGAGCGGACGUAUGGAGCCUUGGCAUCUCUCUGGUGGAGCUGGCCACAGGACAGUUUCCCUACAAGAAUUGCAAGACAGACUUUGAGGUUCUGACCAAAGUGCUGCAGGAAGAUCCCCCUCUGCUGCCUCUCAGCAUGGGAUUCUCCCUCGACUUUCAGUCCUUCGUCAAAGAUUGCCUCACAAAGGAUCACAGAAAAAGGCCAAAAUACCACCAGUUGCUGGAUCACAGCUUCAUCCAACGCUAUGAGGUGCUGGAAGUGGAUGUGGCCGGUUGGUUCCAGACGGUGAUGGAUCGCACCGAGUCGCCUCGCAGCAGCCAAUGUUACAGCCACCAGCACCAGCUCCACUCCUCGCUCUUCAGCAGGUAGCCCGCAGAGAAGCCCCUCGCCCGCCCUUAGCUCAGCGGUCCUCCCUAAUGUAGUCUAGCCUCAGCCUAAAGGAGCUAAGCCUAGCCUGAGACUCUGUCCACCGAAGAAGCCCUCAGAGAGUGGGAGGAUGACGACGACGGCAGAUUUAAAAAAAAAUAUAUAUAUUUUUUUUUUGGGGGUGGGGGUCUGAUGGAGGGAGGCGCUGUUGGAUGGAUAGCAUGUUCAAUCUGGACAGGCAGACACGGGAGGGAGAUGUGCACUGUAGUUAGUUACCUGCGUUUGUGUGCAGCCACCGUCAUUAUCAUCAACAACUUCGUAAAGUGUCACUUUUUUUGUAGUCGCUUAGCAACGAGUGUUAUCUAAGCCACUGUUACAUGUGUGUGUUGAGCGUGUCUAGAUACGAAUGCAAUGUCAUGUGUCAUCAAUAAUUAUGAAUACCAGAGAAAACUUCCUUUAUUUCACUAGUUCAAUUCAGUGUAUAGAUUCAGUACACAAGUGAAUUAUUUCAUGAUUUUUUAUGAAAAACUCGCUGAUCAUGAAAAUCCUUCGCUCAAGAUAUAACCAAUCAAACAAUUUAAAAAAAAUGGAAUAAGGUGGUAUUUGGUGCUAUGUGUUUAAGGAAUCGCGAGUUUCACUUUUUGAAUUGAACUAAUAGAAAAACUUUUCAACAGUAUUCUAUUUUAUUGAGAUGCACCUCUAUUCUGUAACGGCCAAUGAAAACACGCAGAUCAUUAGUGAGAGCCUCAUUUUUAACGUAAUCUUAUCAUGUGAAUGAGCUAUAAUCCAAGUUUAAGACAAACAUUUGGGAGGGAAAACUGAAAAAAAAAAAUUAGUCUUUUACGCUAACAUGGUUUUGUUGUCAGUCCAUUAUGAGUUAGCGCAGCUGAGACCAGAUGGAAGGAAAGCGUUGGAUUGGAAAAAGAAAGUCGCAACGAUGGCCGUUUGGAGGAGCGUUAACUCGCGGUGUUGCUUUUUCCGCUCGGAGACGUAGAAUGCAGACUUUCAGCAUGUACAAAGAAAUGGAAAAGGCGGUGAAUGGAUGUCAUCAAGCGGAGAACAUACGCCCGCUCGACUCGGUUGUCUACCUCUGUCCGUCGCUGCUGUUUUGCGUUUUCCAGACCAAAGGUUGAUUGCGGUUGCGAGGUGGCAGUCAAGAUGCUCAAGGCGCGGUAUCGGAAUCAUAAUCGGCUUUAUUGGCGUGUAAAAACACACAAGGAAUUUUUCUCCGGCAGUCGGUGCUGCCCUGGUACAACAUACAGGACAAAGAACAACAACAUAGAAUAAGAGACAUUUCUAUUUAUAGAAACUAUUCCUUAUAAUUACUUGUAUUACAUAUGGUGCAGUAACAGUCAACUAUUUUUCCAUUAAUAGUCACGUUCAAACAAAGUAACGGUUAUUUACGUCUGUUCUAAAGCCGCACACAAAGUUGUGGCAAAAAUGGGCCUCGGGAUUGCGCCGGAUAAAUUUUGUGAACGAAGGCAUCAAUGUUCUUAUGGAGCUCGUGCACCUACGUCAUCAAAACACGUGACUUUUGUUUACGCCGCCAUAUUGCCGGUCAAGCUAAGCAUUGCUCAAUGCUAGGUCGGUUGGAGACGGCAUGGAAAUAUGUCUUGUAGCACGAUGCGCAGAGUCUUGUCCGCUAGAGCGCCGCGCUAGUGUUAAACUCUUUCUGUGUACCGAGGCUUAUAAUCAGGUAUGCUUUUUAGGUCGGGAAUUACGGUAAUUAUUGCUGGCAAAAUAACAUUGUCAUUUAAGCAUUGCUUGUAGAUUUUUCGUUGACAAUUUUCAAAUUCCUACAUUAAUGCUGAAUUUGCUCUUACCAAUAUAUUCAUGCUAAUGUUUCGUAAUAAUUUAAAGAUGUAUUAUUUCACAAAAACACGUUUUCAGUCAAGCCAAUAUUGGUUGUUCAUGCACUAAUUUCAUGCCACGAUUUAACGUUCUCAUACGAGUAGGCUUUUUCUUGACAUUCAAAUCUUGACUGGUCGUUUAGCGUCGAGCGUAAACUUGAAUGUUGUUUUUUCCGCCAUUACGGCUGUGGAGGAUUGUCGAGUUGACGUAGUGAAGACUUGACGGAGCACCAAAGCAAAUCACUGAGACACACAGAACUGAUGAGUGGUACUGAACGAGCCAGGAAACGGUUAAGUGUCAGAAAGAGAGAGAGAGAGAGAGAGAGAGAGAGAGAGAGAGAGAGAGAAGAAAAGGUGGAAGUAAAGAUGAGCAGAAUUGGAAGGAGAGGGUAAGGUUGUUGAGAAACCGGAAGUGUGAGACGAAAACAAAGGAAGUUACGUAUGUGCUAAAAGAAAGGAAACUGAGGAGAAAACGUCCGUUGUACAAAGCUUUCAUGGUGUUACGCCAACUUUUUUGUUUUUUUGCAAGCUAGUUGAUGAUUGUUGUUCCGUUCAAACUAUUUAUUUUACUGCUGCUACUAUUUUUGGUUUUAUUUUAAUUGUGUUCAUUGCUUUAGACGCUGCUGUCACUUCUUUUUUUUUUCCCCAAAGGACAAAAUACGUUAGCCAAAAAAAAAAAAAAAAAGUUUUCAAUGCAAAAUGCGCACGCGUUUUUACCAAAUACCGACGAGAAGAACACGCGUCGAGGAAGGCGAAAAGCACUCAACUCGCGACGCGACAUCGUCACCUGACAUCGUACGACCGCUAAUGCAAGUCGUUAAAACCGUAGCCAGGUUGGAGGUUGUCUGUCUGUCCAGAUGCUUUCGGUCUCGUCCAUCCACCGCACACCAAAGGUGUCCACAACCCCAUAAGUACGUUAUUGUAACAAAUCGGAUGUGAAAUUUUGAGUGGUUAAAGGGGGCGCUGCGGUGUAGCAGUGACCCCCUUUUGUGUGAUGUUUUCUGCUCUACAGAGGGAGACUGGCGCACUUAUUAGACACAACGGGGGGGGUCGAGCGGUCCAAAGAAAAGCGCCAUGAUUGGCGUUCCGUAACAGGAACUCCGACAUUGUUCGCGUCCCAUUUUGGCUUCACUUUGGAACUUUUCUUCAUGAUUCAUUUCUUUGUUUUUGACUUUUGUUCGAUUUAUCAGCGUCUUGCGGCUUUGAUUUGGCUAGUGCAGUGUAUAAUGCCUUCAUCAGUUUUGCUCUCUUCAGUCUGGCGGGUAUUCAUAUCUUCUUACACUCGUCCAAGUAGAAGGAAUAAGCCCGUUUGUAAUUGCACAUUUUUUUUUUUUGGGAGGUCGGCCAUUGACAAUUCUACCUCAUCCCUGGGCCUCCUGGUGCCAACUAUUAGGUAUUGGGCCUCGGAUGAGCAUGUGGGCCUGAUGUCGUCUUGUGGUUCGGUUCCUUGGACGACCUCCGUAGGCUGCUCCAACUGCUUGGGUGCAUACAGUUUAUAGGGUCUAAAAGGAGUUGGAGUUGUCUGGUGCCACGGUCCACAUGUUGACCCUGUGUGAUUUUUCCCCAAGAUGGCCAGAUUCUGCAGAUGCUUCUGGCCAUUCACCGGCCAUUUCUGCCUGGAGCUCUUUCAUUUUAGCGAAGUCCACAAAAAAAACCCGGCCAUCACCAUGGCUGUACUGGAUAUAUGUGAGAGUUGUCAAAAUUAUUCCUGACAGCCUGGGCGGAAGCCUUUGAAGAACCUUUUCCCUCCGCGGCAUGCCGUGAUCCUCGUAGAGUUCGAGAUUUCUCGAGUGGGACAGGCCCGGACUGUCAAACUUGCAGAAAACCAGUAGUGUUUGAGUGGCCUCACGCGAGAGGCGUGUCAGACAGAUGCAAAUGGAUCCAGUCUCUGUUGUUCCACCACAUCCAGUGUCCUCGAUUGAGGUCGUGGAACUUCAAUGCCAGGAAAAACUUAAUCUUCUCGGUGGUGAAACCUUUGAGUAAUCAGUCUUCCACACUCUUGCCAGCUGGCCGGAAGGUGUUGGGAUGCUGAAAAACGGUCUUUGGUGGCCAAGUCAGACCAGAGCGUUUUCAGGGUGGUGGCUCCAGUGAGAUGUCCAGGUGGUGUGUCGCGUCUCAUCGCUUCCCAUUGGAGAUCAGGUGUUGUGCUGAUAAAGGUCCACCAAGACUUUUAUCAGCACUCUCCCGAUCGAUGACUGCCGGUUCUGCUUCCAGUACUUGGCAUAGUGGCAAAAUGCGCCUGAUGCGUGUUUGCCGGAGCUAAUUUCAAGUCUAGUUUUCGAGGGGCGGCGGGGCGUCAUCCAGACUGGUGGCGUUGUACCCCCCCCCCCCCGUCCCAGAAACCCUCUUUUGUGCGUACGGAUGUAGAAGGCUAUGGACGAUUCAAGUCCUCCUUUGGGAGGUUUUUCACCAAUGCCUUGAACCCAUUGAAAACAUCGUCUGAAGUAUUACAGGCAAUGGUUUUGCACAUCAUGUCUCUGUUCAGAUCCCGAUCUGGCGUCUGGGCAUUUCUGGGAGCCACCACCAGACCUUGCCCCCGUCUAUGUAUGUGAUGGGUUUUCCCACGCAGUUUUUCAGUACUUGGAAGAAUUCAUCUGUGCACCUCUGGAGCGGUCCAAAUCCAAGUAGUAGUCCCUCUUUUUAGGGAGCUUGGCGUGACGUAUGGCAGAACCAGCCGGUUGACUCCGUCUUGGAUUUCCACCACCGUCUGCAGCUGAAUGGCCACGCCGUCAACGUCAUAGGUCAGGUCCACCUCUCGUUCCAGGUCAGAGACUUGCACGGCAUGGAUGUGCGCCCUAAUAUCUUGCCUUGAGGAAGUCCAGGGCCUCAGCGUACCGCAGUGAUUUAGUGUUUCAAUUGCCGACCACACUUAACCGGUUUUCACGUGUUUCCACCCGUCUCCUGGUGGGGCUGGAGUCAUCGCUGUCCAUGAGAAUUUCUCUUAAAGGCACUGGACUUCCAUAAGGCGAGGUCACCUGCACUGGGGUCCAAUCAGGUGAGGUGGUAGGUGACGGAUUCACCUGAGCAGAGGUCACAGCUGCUGUACUAGAUUGGGGUGGUGUUUGAGGCACUGGACUGGACUCACGUGAGCUGAACAACGUAUGCCAGUAUGGAGGGGUGUCAGGCAUUGAGGUUAGUGUGUUAACUGCGAGGUUAGGUUGCGUUUUGUAAAUUUUUCGUAAGAAGAAGCGCAUUUUACAUGUAAAUAGCCUAAUCCGUUCCAAGCCACUGUAAGAUUAUUUUUUCUGCCAGGUUUGUUGUUUUUCUGUUUUUUUUUUUCAUUUUUUUUUUUACAUUAACUAAUUAACUUUUUUUUUUUUUUUAAAUCUACAAAAUCUUCCACCAGAUUGGCAGUAGGAAAUUUAACCUGUGAACGGUUUUAGGAAUUACAGUUAAAAAUAACCUACCUCGUACAGCGCCGGUCAGCUUUUAGAGCCGGUGGCGUUCCGCUUUCAAAUUUUAUGUAUGGGGAAAAUUGUUGUAAAAUUGGCACAUGAAUCGAUCCCAACCAUUUGACCCAAUCCGAAUUCAUCACAGCGUUCAGAGUCUUGACAAUUUCAACGAAGCCAAAGGGCACCACGUGGCUCUCAUUGAUACAACAUGAAGAUGAGCUCCAACUGUGUCGUCCGCUCGCCCCCCUUUGUCUCCUUUUACCCUGCCGUACAUUGACUCGGGUUUUGAAGCCACGGUUUACGUCCACGGGGCCGACGUGUACGCAAAGUACAUUCAGGUGCUCGGCAUCCGGUCGUGAAUCACACCUGAUGCGUGUCCUCUCCAGUCUCCCACUGUCUAACCUUGUUUAGUUUAUAAACUGAUGCGCACCAACACGUACAUGCUCUUUGUGCUACUCGGAUUGUAGAACAGGGGUGGGCCCAGUACGGAGCCAUCUGAUCGGGCCUGUCUCCUUGGAGGACUUUGUAAAAUCUAGGAAGAAGCUCCCUCACCCCUGAUGUAGAGACACCAAAUAUUUAAAGUGAUCCCAACCUGGCUUGAUGUGUAUAUUAGCUCGCCGGCAGUGUAUAUAAACAGUGAAGCUAGCUGCUAGCGCCUACCUGAGCUGUGCCUUGGCGUCCAGCAGCUGUCUCGCUCGCUCUCUUCUUCUCUUUCUCUGUGUAUUUGUGUGUUUUCAAUUCCCAUCUGUAAGUAAACCAAAUAUCGUCGUCACUAUGCAGUCAUGGAAAACCAUGUUGGCUCGCUACGAGCGGUACAUUAUAAGGAGCGCAACGCAGCAAGUUUUUAAUGAGCUGACACAUAUUUAAGGAUUGUAUUUGGGUGGGAGGGAUAUUCUUUGCUUGUUUGUUUGUUUGUUUUUUUUGGGGGGGGGUCAAUUCUGUAAAAGCAGGGGAGGAGAACCGUCAAGCCCCGGGUGAUGUAUAGUGGGGGGGGGGGGAUAACGAUUCAAUCCCCUGCUGAAUUUGAACGUGCUCACAAAUUUUAAAACUCCAAUUUCGGGGGGUGUUUAGUAAUUUCACAAAACUCACGUGCGUUGUACAUUUUAUUGAGUGUAAGAACUACCGUAAUUCCCGGACUACAGAGCCACACCGAGUACAUUUGUAAAGGAAAUACCAUUUGGUACAUACAUACAUACGCCGCAGCUGCGUAAAAGCCGCAAGUGCCCACAUUGAAACAGGCGAUAUUCACAAAGAUGGUACACCGAAAAAGUUUAACGCUAGCGCCACGCUAAUGGGGCCGGUUAAAAUAAAACUUACUGUGAAAUAUCACUGAGACACGCCAGUAACACAGUAGCAACACGCUAGCGCCGCGCUAACACUAGCGCCACGCUAACAGGGCCGGUUAAAAUAAAACAUGUCGGUAAAUAUCACCGAGACACGCCAGUAAUACAGCAGCAACAUGCUAGCAUGGAGCUAACGCCAGCGCAGCGCUAACAGGGCCGGUAAAAGUCACUUCCUCAGCACAUAUAUUCCACCGGUCUCACUCUUACCUUUUCCGCUCGAGUGCCCCCUUGCGGCCGUUAGGAAAAAAUGCACAAAUUAGCCGGAUCACCGCAUAAACCGCAGGGUUGAAACCGUGUGUGGGGAAAAAAGUCGCGGCUUGUAGGCCGGAGAUUACGAUACUUAAAUUUUAUAAAAUGCAACAGAUAUUCUAUUCUUCCCGUGAUGUCACAAUAGCUGGAUUUAUAAAUAUACACUCAAUUAAUACAAAGAGCAAACAAGUAAAAGUCAACAUUGAGGAGACACUUUCAAAAUUUUAAGCUAAGCAAGAAAAAAAAAAGUUGCUGUAUUCAAUAAUUAUUGCUUUACAACACUCCCAAAUUAAUCAUCAUCCCCCUUUGAAAUUAAUGCUGACACUAUCAAUCCAUUACAGCCCCCCACCCCAAAAAAAGGCUUUUUAAUAAGAAAAAAAUAACUUAUUAUAAUUUAUGAAAAGAUACAGUAAAAUGAUGAAAUAUU